GUUGAGAGUCUGUACGACUCAGAAUUGAACCGUUCAUAUCGAGCGUCAUCACUUUUUUGUUUAUUUGUUUGUUUGUUUUUGUUUUGUUUCUCUCUUUGCUUUAUAUAUUUUGUUAAAGUGUGCAAUCGUUAUUUUUUGUGUGUAAUUUUAUUUUUGCAAAUACACCAGGAUGGAACUUAAUUCUCUUCUCCUACUUCUUGAGGCUGCAGAGUAUUUGGAAAGAAGAGACAGAGAAGCUGAACACGGUUACGCAUCUGUUUUGCCGUAUGAUAGUGACUUUUCCAGAAAGAAAACUAAAUCACCCAUUUCAAGAAAACCGCACAACAACAGGUCAUCACACAAUGAGCUGGAAAAACACAGACGUGCCAAACUGCGAUUGUACCUGGAGCAGUUGAAACAGCUUGUGCCUUUGGGUCCUGAUAGCACCCGUCACACCACACUGAGCCUGCUCAAACGUGCCAAAAUGCACAUCAAGAAGCUGGAGGAACAGGAUAGGAAGGCUCUAAACAUGAAGGAGCAACUGCAGAGAGAACAUCGCUACCUCAAACGGCGUCUGGAGCAGCUGUCUGUUCAGGGCUUAGAACGUAUUCGCACUGACAGCAUGGGCUCCACCAUCUCCACUGACUCUGAGCAAGAAGUGGACGUUGACAUAGAGGGGAUGGAGUUCAUGCCAGGAGAGGGUGAUAGUGUGGACAGUAUUAGCGAUGGCGAGGACCACUACAGCCUGCAGAGCAGUUCCAGUGAUGGAGGCCACCAUUCGCAUUCUCACAGAUUACAAGCUCACAUCUGCUAGGCCGCAACAGUGUAUCACCUCCAACAUACCCCAUCAUCCACUCCCAGCUGGCAGGAAGCACCUGGUUGAUUUCCACUCUUCUGAAAACCCUGUCCGCUUUAUAUCGGAACCCUUUCCCCCACAACACCCCCCGCCCCAACCCCACAAAUGCACACAGGCAAGCAAUAUGUGGUUUAAAUAAGUAUGUGUGUGGUAACAAAGUUUUAUCUUGUCUGUUCUGCUGUGUGAGUUUAAGAAUCUAUGGCUCUGUUUCAAAACCAUAGUAACUGCUUUUACUGUCUAGUAUAUAAACAGGUAGUCCUAUCAUCGAAGGUAGUAUCCAUACUGACCUUAUAUGUGAUAAAAAAAGACACUCUAAAGUUGCUUAUAUGCAUCACACAAAUAGCGCCCUUCAUGAAUCAGUGACUUCAUCAAAUGUGCUGUCACGUUACUGAAUUUUUGGCAAAAGAUUUCGAUUUGUGUAGUGCGUUUUAGCUGCAUUUACACUGAAACAAAGUCAGAAAGAACGGUUCAUUCUGACACAAAUUGUUAUGCUUGAGUAAACAAAAAACUGCCUCCAUUCUGAGCCACUUUCAAAUUUCAUUUAAGAUAGAAAUUAAAAAAUUAAAGGCAUAAUUCAUCCAAAACUGAAGAUUUACUCACCCACAAGUGGUUUCAAACCGAAGAAGAUAUUUUGACGAAUGUUAGAAACUGGAUCCACUGACUCCAUAGGAUGACAAACAAAUGCUGUGGACGUCAGUGUUUAACAGUUUUGUGUUGAACAGAAAGAAAAACUCAAAAGGUUUGUGACAAGUGAAGGGUGAGUAAAUCUUGACAGGUUUUUGGGUGAACUGUCCCUUUAUGGUUCACUAGUUGAUUUCUUAUUUGUAAAAGUAAAGAGAAAGUCCUUGACAGUUGUGACCGCAGCAAAAAAACUAAAAUGACGCUGUCCAAAAUGCGUUAGUGUUUUAGUCUUUAUGUAAAACCUUGAGUAGUAAAUGAUGUAGCAAUAAACAUAGAAAGCAAUGGCUUUCUUAUGCAGUGAAAUUAUUCUGGACCAAACCUUUAAGACAUGAAAAGAUGAGUAAAUCUGUUUGUCUUUUCACCUGAUUUGUUUAGAUUGUAUGCAUGUCCAGCACUCAAAAUGACAAGUCAAAAUUUGUAAGACUGUAAGUUGUAGGGGGUGGGCAAAACUCUUCAGUACUAUCAGAAAAUGAUAUUAAUGCUUUUAGUUCCACGUCUUUCCCCUUAACUUAAUUGCUUACGUAUGUUUUGAAGCCUUUGUUCUUCAGCAGUAUAUAUGCAGUGCAGUGUGCAAUAUUCAGAAUAUAAAAGAAAGGUCUUUGUGCUGGGAAUUCCAAAUCUUUACAGACAGCCCCAGUUAUCAAAGCAGGUCAGACCAAAAUAAAUUAGGAAACAAAUGAGUAUGUAAAAGACAAAUGUACGUUUGAGAAAAGAAAAAGAUAUAUUCAUCACUGAAAGUGAUUUUAACAAGCGUAGUUUAUAUUUUCUGUAGUAGCUUUUGUAUUAUAUUUUCCUAAAUAGUCCUUGAUUAAAAGACAAAUAGAGGAGUAUAUGAAUAUAAAUAUAUAUAAAUAUAUAAAGUAUAUGAAAAUGACAGAACAUAAGGCCGGGGCUAAUGUUUGGGAGAACUUUUUCCCUUAUCUCCAACUGUCAUGCUGUGCCUUGACUCAUCGUAUCCCUGUUUUUUUUCCAAUCUCCUUCUCAUAUCCACAACCAGCCAGCUUUCAUCCUCACAAUACACUCUUCCUUGUCCAUUUGACCUUUCGCACAAAGUGACGAAAAACAAGGCUUUGUCUCCUCAACCUCCAUACUACAAACCUCCAAAAAUAUGCUUUCAAUUUUGCGAAGCAACAUCAUCCGCAUCUGCGACACUGGUCGUCUCCUCUUGUGGCAGCUCGUCUCACCCCAUUGAAAAGCUUCCUAACCAACUCUGCUCUUGUGGCUCUUUUCAAUGGGUUAUUUUUUAUUGAAUUUUUUAAUAGCUGUCUGUUUUUAUUGUCCUAAUGUCUAAGACGUGUUAUGUAUUUCAAACAAUGAAGUGGAAGACCUUGGGAGAAGAGCAUUGGAAUCAAUCAAUUAUGGCAGCUCUAGACUUCUCCACCCUCUCCCAAUGGUAGUUCCUGACGUAGUAUUAAAGUCUGCUCAAAGGUAUGAUCACAUUAGCGUAACUGCAGCACAAAUAUCUUGAGCAAAAAAUGUCAAUAACGUAGAGAUGUGGGUCAAAUACAAAGUUUUACAAAGGAUUUUAUUUACAUAGAACCCACUGUAAGUGAUGAAGUGUCUGAUUUAAUGUUUACAUUCUUUUUGUGUGUGGAAAAUGCAGGACAAUAUUUGGUAGACAAGACUGAAUGACAUAUAGUUAAUGUAUUCUGUAAAUCAAGGUAAAAAUGUGCAACUGUUGUUGUUUUUUCAGAAAGAAAAUAAACAUAAACAGGACACUUUUUGUUUUUGGCCCAUGUCUGAGGCGUAGUUCACACAGAAUUGCCUUUUUUUUAGUAAAUGUGACAAAAAAUUUACUAAAAAUCUUCCUUCGUAAUGUGAAACUCAAACUGUGUAGAUUAGAAUGGCUUGAUUUUGCUCAUGACAUUUCGCCCAUUUACGGUAAAUGUGACCAAACUUUAAGCAGACCAUAGUAUUCAAUCCUCUACCCAUAAGAGCAAUGAUACAGCAAUAUGAUUCUUCAGUUUGUAAAGCAGUGAGGACUUGAGUGUAAUGGUAACCAGCACUGUCUCAAUACUAUGGUGCAUAUUGUGACCAACUCAUAAGAUUUAUUUUAUUUUGGGUUUUACUGUUUUAUUUCUCCAUUUUCUUUUAAACACUGAAAGGAGAAAGUUUUUUCGUUUUGUUUUUUUAAAAGCUACAUUUUUAUGAAGAGUUUACAUUUUAUGUCAUGAUAUGCCUGACUGUUGUAGCAGAACUGUUUUUUUUUUUUUUUUUUUAUUUGUUGUUCAAGUGACUCGUUCUAUCAAAGAAGAAAAGCUCUUGCACAGAACCUCCCAUUAACAUGCUUUAAGUGAGAGUUCAGAGAAUUGGGCAUGAGAAUAUGAAUAGAUAUUUUUGCAUGUCUAAGAGAUUAUAGCUUUUAAUUGGCAUUAUAGAAGAAGUCAUAUGUGAAAUUAGGCCAAUGUCAGUUUCCAGUGUGGUGAAAGAAAUACUUUAUGACAGAGACAGGGUUAUUCAGUGGCUGCAGGGUUUUUUGGAAGCUUUAAAAACACUACAAUGUGUGUGUCAGCAGACAGCCACAUAUAUAAUUACACGGAAAGUGCCAGGUGUCCGGGGAUCUAAAAUAUGUGUUCCAUCACUCAGCCUAAAAAACAAAAAAAGUGGUGCUGCUGUGUUUUUUGGCCUGGCAGAUUGAGCUGUUUGUAGAGCAUAUGAUUGAGACUUCAUAGGAGGAAAGCUAAAUCGGAGAAUCAUUUGACCACGAAACACAAUGAUAGCUCUAAAAAAUCCCUUUGACCUUUUUUAAUGCGUAUAAAAGCACUAGACGAAAGAAAGAACUUCCAUGAAAAGAUUCCUGCCAUCUAGAUUCUAUUAGAUAUAGACUUUUAUUUUUCUAACCCCUCCCUAUUUUGGGAGGCAUCAGAUGUAAUAUCAGAUUUCUAUCUUUGUAUGACUAUAGAUUUGUGACCCAUAUUUUCUGCUCAAUUUUACUUUCCCCUGGUUGUUUUGUUUUGUGUUGAUGGAGCGGUUUGUUGACAGGUCAGUAUGUUUGGUGCAUCUCACAGAACGCUUGCGUUUCAGCAUGAGAAAAACUUGUGGCAAGACUGCGAAGGGAGGGUUCUGUGCCAGAGACCUGUGAACAGAUUUCCUAAAAAAAGCAAGUGAUAUGCAUUUAGAUGUUGUAUAAUAGUGUAAAGGUUUUUUUUCUUUGUGUGUGUGUGUGUGUGUGUCUGUGUGUACAUACACAUAUUUACCUGGUGCUGGCUAUGUUUGAGCCCACACUCUAUGGUAUUAUGUAUUCUUGUAUUGUAAUAUAAAUAAUUAAAAUGUUUUCUACA